AUGAAUUCCACCGCGGUGUUCUCAGGUGGUCAAGUUCUACGAUUCGUGCAUAGGGUGGAUGGUGAGACGCUUUGGGAUGCAGAUGAUCUGGAUGUGUAUUGUGGACUUGGUCGUGGCGAGCGUAUGGUGGCGUUGUUCGAAAUGGAGGGGUAUCGGGCGAAGGUCUUGCCGGGAGGGGAUGGAUUUGACCGUCCGUACGUUGACGAGACUGCUAUAUCCUGCGUAGUACGCAUGGAGCGUCGGGAUGGGAGAGCCGUGGAUGUUGUCGUGAGCGCUUGCCAUUCUGCUCUGGCACCGAUCGCUCGUUACUACGCGUCCCAUGUGGUGAACGUUGUCACCGCGUCAAGUAUCUGCGUGGCUUAUCCGGACAGCACAUUCCGGAGAAGGGGGUUCUUUCGCCCUUGGGCCGCUAGGACAUGGAAUAGAGUCCGGGCUGUGGAGAAGUACAUGUCGCGAGGAUAUCAACUCGUUGGAUUUUCGAAGAACGUGGAGGCGAGUGUGGAGGGCACCGGUUCGAGGCAUUUUUAUUGUCCUCAUCAAGAGAGGUCAUUCGCUGAUUCGGGAACACUCCGAUUAUGGUAUGGAGAGACGGAUGAUUGGUCAGCUAGGUCCGCAGAUGAUGCUCUGCUGAGGGAGGUAAAGUGGAAGUGGGGUGGGUAUUGUUGCACAUGUUGUGUCAAGGCCAGCGGUCAGGCAAUCAUGGUCAUUAAGAGGAAACUGGAGAAUGCGGGUGCGUCUUGA